AUGAAACACCUCACCCUCGACCCCGACCACACGCAGCCGGCGACGAGAGACUUCCCCACCGCCGCUACGGUGCCGGACGCCCUCCCGGACGCCGGGGAAACGAAAGUGCAUCCGAGCGUCGCUGGGGGCGAGAACGCGAGGUUGUUGUUUGUGGGGACGGCGACUACGAUUUUAGAAUGGGAGGGGGUUCGGUUGAUGACGGAUCCGAAUUUCCUCCACGCGGGCGAUCACGUCCAUCUCGGGCCCGGGGUCACGGGCACCCGUCGUACCAACCCGGCGGUCGACCUGCAUGACCUGCCGCGGAUCGAUCUGAUCUGUCUGUCCCAUUAUCACGCCGACCAUUUCGACCAGCACGUCGAAGCAUCCCUCCGUCGCGACCUUCCCAUCAUCACGACCCCGCACGCCAAAUCGCACCUCGCUUCCGCCUCCAAGGACCCCGGCGAAGCCUUCACCGCCGUGCACGACCUCGACUUCUUCGACGAAUGCCUCGUCGGCAUCGCCGGCAAGGAGGCCGCGAUCAAAGUGACGGGGAUGCCGGGCAAACACGUCCCGCCCGGUCCGGGGGGCGUGGCCGGGAAGAUGAACGAUCUGUUGGGCGCGGUGCCCCCCACGAACGGCUGGAUGCUCGAACUCGGCCGCGGCUCCCCGGCGUCCGCCUUCCGCCCCGGCUACCGCAUCUACGUCUCCGGCGACACCCUCCUCGUCCCCGAGCUCGCCGAGAUCCCGACCCGCUACCCCCACGUCGACCUCAUGCUCGUCCACCUCGGCGGCACCACCAUCCCUUCCCCGAGCGUGCCCUUGCUCAUGGUCACCAUGGACGCCGAGCAAGGCGUCAAGUUGGUGCAGAUGAUCGGGCCGGAUCUGACGAUUCCGAUUCAUUAUGAUGACUACGAUGUCUUCCUCUCGCCGCUGUCGGAUUUCAAGAAGGCGAUGGAGGAAGCGGGGCUGGGAGAUAAGGUGGUUUACCUGGACCGGAAGGAUGCCUAUCGAUUCAGAGUAAAGGAUUAA